AUGUCUAAAUUCUCUACUAAAACCUUAAAUAACUCCGAAGAAACUAGUCUCUCCGAAGAAGUUCAGCACCAAUUAGCCCAGUUAAAGGCGGAAAACCAAUUUCUUAAAAACCAAUUAGAGGAAAUUUCCCAAGGUGGCAUUAAAAUUCUCUUUUCCGGCAAAGCUAACGCCCAACGAGUAGCCCGCAAAGUUAAACCAAGAACUUUACGGGAAAUUAAAAGUUUAAGUAUCGAUAAUGAAGAAGGACAAACUAAAAAUCUGGUCAUUGAAGGUGAUAAUUUACUUGCCAUGGCUACCCUCUACCAAUAUCACGGCAAAAUUGACCUAAUUAUUGCUGACCCGCCAUAUAAUACCGGUAAAGACUUUCGUUAUAAUGACAAGUUAAUUAUGAUGCGAGAAAUGUUAAAACCGAGCGGAGUUUUAGCGAUAUGUAUUGAUUAUCGAGAACUCUUUAAUUUAGGGAAAAUGUUAGAUGAAAAUGAUAGUAAACAUUUAUCAAAUUCUACGGAAUAUGCAUUGGUUUAUGCUAAAAGUGAAGAAAGAGCGAUAACUGGGAAAUUAGAAAGGAGUGAAGAACAAAAAAAUCGCUAUCAAAACCCAGAUAAUGACCCGAAAGGGAAAAUAGUCUACCCCCCGCUCGCCAGUGGCUGGCGAGCGGGGAAAUCUGAGUUUAAAAAAAUGCUGGAAGAAUGGGGUUCUGAAUACGAAGAAAAAGAUUUACAAGAUGGUUGUUUUCCUGCGUUGUCCGGUCAUAAUCAGGGUGCUACUAAUGAAUUAUACAAUAGGGUUGUCCUUGACCCUUUUGCCGGUUCAGGAACUACCGGAGAAGCAGUUUUACAACUAAAUAAAGAAACUAAUGCUAACCGCCACUUUAUCCUCAUUGAACUAGGUAAUCCCGGAACUGAUGAUAGUUAUUGUCGCACACUUUUACAAAAAAGGUUAGCCGCCACUAUUACUGGAAAAUGA